AUGGACACCCUGUCGGAACAUGGUGUUCAUUAUGGACAAACUGUGACUAGCACAGAAGUCCAACAACAGAACACCAUUCGGGUUCUGAUCGGGGUGGCUGUUCCUCCCAAUCACGCCUCUCCAGGUGUCACUGUCGAUGCCCACCCCAUAGGCGGAGACAACAAUGUGAGACCUCUCCCCGACCCAAAGGCGGAGGGAGGCGACCCUCUCAUUCACCGGGGAAAACACAUGGCGCCUGAGCUGGGGAGCUAUAAGCAAGCCCACACCAGCCCGCCGCCUCUCACCAUGGGCAACUCCAGAGUAGAAGAGAGUCCAGUCUCUCUCAAGGAGUUGGGUUCCAGAGCCCAGACUGUGCAUGGAGGUGGUGGGUCCACGGGAGGACGGCCCCACAUCGUUCCUUUGGGCUCUGCCCUGCUGGGCCCCAUAGGGAGAGGUCCAGCCACCAGGCGCUCGCAUGCGUGCGUGCCUCAACCCCAGGCCUGGCUCCAGGGUGAGAACCUGUUUGCCUUGGGAGACCCUACCAGGGCACUUAGCCCCGACAAUAAAGCUCCUAGGAUCAUUCGGGGAGCCCCUCCCCCUAAAACCAGUUUGUGUAGGGACCGUGAAAUCCAGAGCAAAGCUCAGAGAGUGGACCAGAAGAGUUCAGAGGUUCCCAGUGCUCAGUCUGCCCAGCAGCAUCAAACACACCUAGACUCCAUAUUUAUGCUGCUGGAGGAGAACAUUGUGACUUUUGUGAAGAAGGAGCUGAAGAAGAUUCAGAAGGUUGUGAGUCCAGAUUACCCAGAAUGUUCAGAGAGUCAGAGGGAGGAUGAGGAGGUGUUGGAUGGUGAGGAUGAAGAGCAGAGGUGGAACAGCAGAGAGGCUUUUGUGAAGAUCGCAGUGAACGUCCUGAGGAGAAUGAAGCAGGAGGAGCUGGCUGACUGUCUGCACAGCAGGCAUGUUGCUGCAGUUUGUCAACAUAAACUUAAAUCUGCUCUGAAGAAUAAGUUCCAGUGUGUGUUUGAGGGGAUCUCUAAAGCAGGAAACCCAACCCUUCUCAAUCAGAUCUACACAGAGCUCUACAUCACAGAGGGAGGGACUGGAGAGGUCAAUGAUGAACAUGAGGUCACACAGAUUGAAAUAGCAUCCAGGAAACCAGCCAGACCAGAAACAAGCAUCAGACAAGAAGACAUCUUUAAAGCCCCACCUGGAAGAGAUGGACCAAUCAGAACAGUGAUGACAAAGGGAGUGGCUGACAUUGGGAAAACUGUCUUAACACAGAAGUUGACUCUGGACUGGGCUGAAGACAAAGCCAACCAGGACAUACACUUCACAUUUCCAUUCACGUUCAGAGAGCUGAAUGUGCUGAAAGAGAAAAAGUUCAGCUUGGUGGAACUUGUUCACCACUUCUUUACUGAAACCAAAGAAGCAGGAUUCUGCAGGUUUGAAGAGGUCCAGGUUCUGUUCAUCUUUGACGGUCUGGAUGAGUGUCGACUUCCUCUGGACUUCCACAACACUGAGGUCCUGACUGAUGUUACAGAGUCCACCUCAGUGGAUGUGCUGCUGACAAACCUCAUCAGGGGGAAACUGCUUUCCUCAGCUCACCUCUGGAUAACCACACGACCUGCAGCAGCCAAUCAAAUCCCUCCUGACUGUGUUGACAUGGUGACAGAGGUGAGAGGCUUCACUGACCCACAGAAGGAGGAGUACUUCAGGAAGAGGUUCAGAGAGGAGGAGCAGGUCAGAAGGAUAAUCUCCCACAUCAAGACUUCACGAAGCCUCCACAUCAUGUGCCACAUCCCGGUCUUCUGCUGGAUCACUGCUACAGUUCUGGAGGAUGUGUUGCAAACCAGAGAGGGAGGAGGGCUGCCCAAGACCCUGACUGAGAUGUACAUCCACUUCCUGGUGGUUCAGUCCAAACUGAAGAAUGUUAAGCAUGAUGGAGGAGCUGAGAAAGAUCAACACUGGAGUCCAGAGACCAGGAAGAUGAUUGAGUCUCUGGGAAAACUGGCUUUUGAGCAGCUGCAGAAAGGAAACCUGAUCUUCUAUGAAUCGGAUCUGACAGAGUGUGGCAUCGAUAUCAGAGCAGCCUCAGUGUACUCAGGAGUGUUCACACAGGUCUUUAAAGAGGAGAGAGGACUGUACCAGCACAAGGUGUUCUGCUUCGUCCAUCUGAGCCUUCAGGAGUUUCUGGCUGCUCUUCAUGUCCAUCUGACCUUCAUCAACUCUGGAGUCAAUCUGCUGUCAGAAGAGCAAUCAACCUCCCUGUGGUCUAAACUGUUUGGAGACAACCCUGACCCAGAACAAUUCUACCAGAGGGCUGUGGAAAAGGCCUUACAGAGUCCAAAUGGACAUCUGGACUUGUUCCUCCGCUUCCUCCUGGGUCUUUCACUUCAGUUCAAUCAGACUCUCCUACGAGGUCUGCUGACACAGACAGGAAGUGGUUUACAGACCAAUCAGCAAACAGUCCAGUACAUCAAGAAGAAGAUUGAAGAGACUCCCUCUGCAGAUCAAAGCAUCAAUCUGCUCCACUGUCUAAAUGAACUGAAUGAUCAUUCUCUAGUGGAGCAGAUCCAACAGUCCCUGAGUUCAGGACAUCUCUCCACUGAUGAACUGUCUCCUGCUGAAUGGUCAGCUCUGGUCUUCAUCUUACUGUCAUCAGAAAAAGAUCUGGACGUGUUUGACCUGAAGAAAUACUCUGCUUCAGAGGAGGCUCUCCUGAAGCUGCUGCCAGUUGUCAAAGCCUCUAACAAAGCUCUACUGAGCAGCUGUAACCUCUCAGAGAGAAGCUGUGAAGCUCUGUCCUCAGUUCUCAGCUCCCAGUCCUCUAUUCUGAGAGACCUGGACCUGAGUAACAAUGACCUGCAGGAUUCAGGGGUGAAGCUUCUGUCUGCUGGACUGAAGAGUCCACACUGUACCCUGGAGACUCUCAGACUGAGCAGCUGUAACCUCUCAGAGAUAAGCUGUGAAGCUUUGUCCUCAGUUCUCAGCUCCCAGUCCUCUAGUCUGAGAGACCUGGAUCUGAGUAACAAUGACCUGCAGGAUUCAGGGGUGAAGCUUCUGUCUGCUGGACUGAAGAGUCCACAUUGUACCCUGGAGACUCUCAGGCUGUCAGGAUGUCUGAUCACAGAGGAAGGCUGUGCUUCUCUUGCCUCAGCUCUGAGCUCCAACCCCUCCCAUCUGAGAGAGCUGGACCUGAGCUACAAUCAUCCAGGAGACUCAGGAGUGAAACUGCUGUCUGCUGGACUGGAUGAUCCACACUGGAGACUGGACACCCUCAGGGUGGAGACUGGUGGACUCCAAUGCUUGAGACCAGGUCUGAGGAAGUAUUUCUGUGAACUCACCAUUGACACAAACACAGUAAACAGAAACCUCAAACUGUCUGACAACAACAAGAAGGUGACAUGUGUGGAGGAGGAUCAGUCAUAUCCUGAUCAUCCAGACAGAUUUGACCCAUGGCCUAAGCUUCUGUGUAGUGAUGGUCUGACUGGUCGCUGUUACUGGGAGGUCGAGUGGAGAGGAGGAGUUUAUAUAUCAGUGAGUUACAGAGGAAUCAGAAGGAAAGGAGGCAGAAGUGACUGUUUAUUUGGAAGGAACGAUCAGUCCUGGAGUCUGUUCUGCUCUGAUGGUGGUUACUCUGUUUGGCACAAUAACAGAAUGAUGCCUGUCUCCUCCUCCUCUGUCUCUCACAGAGUAGCAGUGUAUGUGGACUGUCCUGCUGGCUCUCUGUCCUUCUACAGAGUCUCCUCUGACUCACUGAUCCAGCUCUACACCUUUAACACCACAUUCACUGAACCUCUGUAUCCUGCGUUUGGGUUCAGGUUCUGGUCAUCUGGUUCCUCAGUGUCUCUGUGUAGAGUGUAGCAGAGAGAGUCUCUUCCUGUUAGAGAAACUCUCUCACUGUUGAACAGAUAGUUCAGUCUGUACAUGUCUGUCUCUUUCACUCACACACACCUUUUCAGAUUCAGGUAUUAAAGAAGUUUAUUUGUUAAACUCUUCUAAAUGAUUCCUUGUUAACCCCUUAACUCUCCGGCCAAAUUUGCCCAAAACGCCUGUCAAAAACAUACCCAAAUUAAAUUCAAAGCUGU